AGUGUCACCUUCCUAGACCCCAGAGACAUCGCAACGGCUGGUGCUGCCUCCAGCGACCUCAGCUUUGCCAACACCGACGGGGAGAUCGUCCCCCUGCGGACCUACGGCAUGUUCGCCGUGGAUUUUCGGGCAGGGGAGAGCGGCGCGGCGCUGCAAACGGGGCCGGUGGAGGUGCGGAUGGAUGCGGGGCAGGUCCAGAUGCCGGAGCACCUGCAGAAGAUGAAGUUGUGGUCCUUGAACCCUGAGACUGGCUUUAUCGGGGAGCGGCGUCUUUUCAACCUGGACGUGCCGGAGGACCGCCGCUGCUUUGUCAAGGUCAGGGCUUACAGCAAUGAGAAGUUCAACCCCUAUGAGCAAUUGGAAGGGGUGGUCAUCAGCCUCAUCAACCUGGAGCCCCAGCCCGGCUAUCCCGCCAACCCCCGGGCAUGGGGUCGCUUCGACAGCGUGGUGACGGGUCCCAACGGCGCCUGCCUGCCCACUUUCUGUGACGGCCAGCGCCCCGACGCCUACUCGGCAUACGUCACUGCCACGCUGGGUGGGGAGGAGCUGGAAGCCGUGGCCUCCAGCCCCAAGCUCAACCCCAACGCCGUUGGCGUGUCCCAGCCCUACCUGGGCAAGCUGGGCUACCGCCGGUCGGACCACGAUGACCCCAACUUGAAGAAGACGGCUUUCCAAAUCAACGUGGCCAAGCCCGACCCCAACAACGUUGACGAGACCAACGGUCCCAUCUAUCCUUACCGCAGCCUUGAGGAGUGCGAGAAGGCGCCGGUCAGCGCCAACCACCUCCGCUUCUACCGCGUGGAAGUGGACAAGUAUGAGUACAACGUGGUGCCCUUCAAGGAGAGCGACCUGACCUCUUGGACCGGCGACUACCUCUCAUGGUGGCCCAACCCUCAGGAGUUCAGGGCUUGUUUCAUCAAGGUGCGGAUCGAGGGGCCGCAGGAGUACAUGGUGAGGUCCCGCAACGUGGGGGGCAGCCACCCCCGCACCCGGGGGCAGCUCUAUGGGCUGCGUGACACCCGUAGCGUGCGGGACAUGCUGCUGGAGAACACCUCGGGUGCCUGCGUGGAGUUCAAGUGCAGCGGGAUGCUCUUUGACCAGAGCCUGGUGGACCGCACCUUGGUCUCCAUCAUCCCCCAAGGCAGCUGCCACCGCACGGCCAUCAACAGCCUCCUC